UCAGGAUAAAAUCGAUCGAAAUUCAACUCCUGAAUCGAUAACUGACGAAUUCGUAGUAAGCGAGUUUGUUAGUUUUUCGUUUUUCAUCAAAAAAUGGCCGGAAAUGAGUGGAUCAAUGGUUAUUUGGAGGCCAUUUUGGAUAGUAAAGCUUCGAAUAUAGAUGAUCAUCAUGUGAAUUUGCGAGAAGGAGACCAUUUUAAUCCGACAAAGUAUUUUGUUGAAGAAGUUGUGACGGGAGUCGACGAGACUGAUUUGCACCGGACAUGGAUCAAAGUGGUGGCUACUCGAAACACCAGAGAACGAACCUCGAGACUCGAGAAUAUGUGCUGGAGAAUUUGGCAUCUGACUCGCAAGAAGAAGCAGUUGGACUGGGAAGAUAUCCAACGGAUGACAAAGAGGAGGUUGGAGCGAGAACAAGGACGCAGGGAUGUGGGAGAAGACAUAUCCGAAGACUUGUCCGAAGAAGAGAAAGGAGAUAUCCUUGGCGAUUCCCUAGCACCAGAAAGCCCGAGGAAAACUCCCCAACAAAAUGUCUCCAACUUCGAAAUUUGGUCGGAUGAUAAGAAGGAGAAGAAGCUUUACAUUAUCCUUAUCAGUUUGCACGGUUUGGUUCGUGGAGAUAACAUGGAGCUUGGUCGUGAUUCUGAUACAGGUGGUCAGAUCAAGUAUGUUGUAGAGCUUGCUGCAGCACUUGCUAAGAUGCCAGGAGUGUAUCGAGUGGAUCUUUUUACACGUCAAGUAUCUUCCCCUGAAGUAGAUUGGAGCUACGGAGAGCCCACCGAGAUGCUCACCGCUGGUUCCGACGACCCUGACGCUGCUGAUGUAGGAGAGAGCAGUGGCGCUUAUAUUAUACGGAUACCAUUUGGCCCUCGUGACAAAUACCUUCGGAAGGAGUUACUUUGGCCUCAUAUCCAAGAAUUUGUAGAUGGAGCUCUAGUGCAUGUUCUUAACAUGUCCAAAGUUUUGGGUGAGCAAAUCGGUGGAGGGCAGCCAAUUUGGCCGUUCGUGAUUCAUGGCCAUUAUGCCGAUGCUGGGGAUAGUGCAGCUCUCCUUUCGGGUGCUCUUAACGUUCCCAUGGUUUUAACGGGCCACUCCCUUGGUAGAAACAAGCUAGAACAGCUUCUUAAGCAAGGUAGGCAGUCAAAAGAAGAUAUUAAUUCGACUUACAAGAUUAUGAGGAGGAUAGAAGCCGAAGAACUUUCAUUAGAUGCAGCUGAACUUGUCAUUACUAGCACUAAACAAGAAAUUGAUGAACAGUGGGGAUUAUAUGAUGGGUUCGAUGUCAAACUUGAGAAAGUUUUACGGGCUCGUGCUAGACAGGGUGUUGAUUGUCAUGGCCGCUUUAUGCCAAGGAUGGCGGUUAUUCCUCCUGGCAUGGACUUCAGCCAUGUCAUCAAAGAAGCUGAUGAGGCCGAUGGGGAUCUGUCAUCACUAACUAAUUCAGACGGGGCUUCUCCAAAGGCUAUGCCAGCAAUAUGGUCGGAAGUGAUGCGUUUUUUGACAAAUCCACACAAGCCAAUGAUUUUGGCCUUGUCGAGACCAGAUCCGAAGAAAAACAUUACUACGCUCUUAAAAGCUUUCGGUGAAUGUCACCCUUUACGAGAGCUUGCUAAUCUUACACUUAUAAUGGGCAAUAGAGAUGAUAUAGAUGAGAUGUCUGCUGGGAAUGCAAGUGUGUUCACAACCGUACUAAAACUGGUGGACAGAUAUGAUCUUUACGGGCAAGUGGCAUUCCCUAAACAUCAUACGCAAAAUGAUGUACCAGAAAUCUACCGCCUUGCAGCCAAAACGAAGGGUGUUUUUAUAAAUCCAGCUUUGGUCGAACCUUUUGGACUUACAUUGAUAGAGGCAGCAGCUCAUGGGCUUCCUAUGGUAGCAACUAAAAACGGGGGACCCGUGGACAUUCACAGGGCAUUGAACAACGGGCUUCUCAUAGACCCUCAUGAUCAGCAAGCGAUAGCUAGUGCUCUGCUUAAGCUAGUAUCGGAGAAGAACUUAUGGUCGGAGUGCCAGAAAAACGGUUGGAAAAACAUACACCUUUUCUCUUGGCCUGAACAUUGUCGCACAUAUCUAACAAGGGUGGUCGCUUGUCGAAUGAGACAUCCUAUGUGGAAAACCGACAUGCAUGCAGAUGAAAUGCCAACCGAAGGGUCUUUAAACGACUCACUUAGAGAUUUCCAAGAUGCAUCGUUACGCCUUUCUAUUGAUGGAGAUAAAUCUUCUUCAAUUAACGGCUCAUUAGAUGGAGGGACCGAUGUUCAAGACCAAGUGAGACGGGUGAUGAGCAAGAUCAAGAAACCGGAACCCGUGGAGAAGGCAGAUAAUAGCAGUAACAACGGGCCUAGCAAAUAUCCGAUGUUAAGGAAGAGGCAAAAGUUGAUUGUUAUCGCACUUGAUUGUUAUGAUAACAAUGGAGCUCCUGAUAAGGGAAUGAUUGGAAUGCUGCAAGAGACAUUCAAGGCGGUUAAACUAGACUCACAAAUGGCAAGAACUACCGGUUUUGCCAUGUCGACAGCGAUGUCAUUAUCGGAGUUGCUGGAUUUCCUAAGAAACGAGCAGAUCAAGGUGAAUGAGUUUGAUGCAUUGGUUUGCAGCAGCGGGAGUGAAGUUUAUUAUCCGGGCACUUAUGAAGAAGGCGGUAAACUGACUUCGGAUCCUGAUUAUACUGCACAUAUUGAAUAUAGAUGGGGUUCAGAUGGUUUAAAGAAAACCAUUUGGAAGUUGAUGAAUAUGGAUGGCGGAGAAGGAACGUCUGGCAAACAGUUGAAAGUGAUCGAAGAAGAUGCAAGAUCGAGCAAUUCUCACUGCCUGUCAUACAUGAUAAAAGACGUCAAAAAGGCAAAAAAAGUAGAUGAUUUGAGACAGAAACUUAGAAUGCGUGGUCUGCGGUGCCAUCCGAUGUACUGCAGAAACUCGACAAGAUUGCAAUUAGUUCCUCUUUUCGCUUCUCGAUCACAGGCUCUCAGGUAUUUUUUCGUGCGCUGGAGAUUGAACGUUGCUAAUAUCUACGUAAUCCUUGGGGAAACCGGUGAUACAGAUUAUGAAGAACUUAUUUCAGGCACCCACAAGACACUUAUCAUGAAAGGAUCCGUAAAAAAAGGAUCCGAAGAGUUGCUGAGAACAUCCGGAAGCUAUUUGAAAGACGAUAUUGUUCCUGGAGAGAGCCCACUGAUUGCUUAUGUUAAUACACCACCAAAAGCACAGGAGAUUGCUAAUGCCUUGAACAAGGUUUCUGUAGCUGCUUCAUGAAUCCUACCAUACCCUGCAAUUAUGUUUUUAAGCAUUCAUUUUUAACCCCAACCGCGAUCAACGGUUAUUAGAAGCAUCUCAUAAACCAUAGCUGUGAGUUUUGCUUCUGUUGUUAAGUAUUGCAUACUGGAACAUUUUACCAUUCAGCUAUAUGUAUAAAAUAUGUAUGUAUAUGUGUACGGGAUAUAUAUACUACACACAAGAACAGAUUGUUGCAUACGGGUUGGUCAGCAUGAAAAGGG